AUGGGCCUUCGUCCUCCUUUAGCCAAGUACAUUGGUGAUUUAUCAAAGGAUGACAUCUACCGGCUAAAUGAGCAAAGUGCAUCGAUGAAAGAGACGCUGGUCCUCGUGCAUGAUCUUGAACGUCCAUUCCUCAUAUCACAACAACGCAGCAGCCAGGCGUAUCGUGCUCUGAAUCCCGUUGAAGCGAUACUCAAAUUCAUGGGAUCUAACUUUUUGCUUUUGAGGCUGUCAUGCUUAAUCUUGGACAAGAAGCACAAGCGGCGUUAG